AUAUAGUUAGUCUGAGUGAGGGUCUUUCGCUGGGUUUCUCUCGUCGAUGCUAAUGCUAGCAGUGUCGUUAGCCCAGUGUUGUUAGGAACAAAGUUCAGUGUUGGGCUGUUGUGUUGCAUCAUGGAAAGUUUUGAAGCUUUGAUAUUUGUCAAGAGAACAGACUACACGUCUUCCCAGCUUGUCCCGGAGAUCAAAUCAAGUUUUAGUUAAAAACAUUUGUCAAAAAUCUCAGAGCUGAGUUUAGUCGGCGCUUGUUAUGGAAAAACAUCGAGCCAUGGACACUCACAGAGGAGGACGACCCUGGGGGAAACUAGUCAAAGUUGAUUCCAAUGAAACUGUUCUGCUUUUCAAUAAGGAAUGCACAGUUGGCAGAAAAAAAGGGUGUCAUCUGUCAUUUCCAGCCAACAAACUGGUCUCAGGGGAGCACUGCAAAAUAGUAAAGAAUGAAAGCUCAGGGCUGGUGUGGCUUGAAGACAUGAGCACUAAUGGAACUGUGAUCAACAUGUCCAAACUGGUUAAAAAGCAAAGUCACAUGCUGCAAAACGGUGAUGUCAUCUACUUUGUGUACAGGAAGAGUGAGCCAGAACAAAACAUUGCCUAUGUUUACCAUUCUAUCAAAAUGGAUCAAGACGUUAUGAGCUUACCACAACUUUCCAGUUAUGGUCUGGAGGGUUCAGCUCGGUGUUUGUCACCUGUCCCAACGUCAGAGAUGUCCCUCUCUGUGGAGCCUGUGAUGCUCUCUAAGGCUCCUCGGGAUACAGCUCAGGAAGAAGCUCAGCCUUCUACUUCUGCUUCUCUCUUCUGUAUUAACAGCCCCCCCUCUUCAUCUCCCAUGGCAACAGCAGCCUUUUCAUCUUCUGAUCAGUCUAAGGCACUAGGAAAAGACAACCUGGAGCCAGAAAGCAAAAGGAGGAAAACUCACGACGAUAAAGAAUGUGAUCAGGGUUUCCCAAACACCUCCAGAGCAGGGGUGUCAGGUUCAGCUCAGACGGUUCCAGGGACUCUUUUGACCAAACCAGUAGUAGAGGGGACAAAGACAGACAAGAUGGAGGAGAGCCUGACCUGUGUGAUUUGCCAGGAUCUACUUCAUGACUGCAUCAGCUUGCAGCCAUGCAUGCACGUCUUCUGUGCUGCCUGCUACUCGGGUUGGAUGGAGCGCUCUUCACUUUGCCCCACCUGCCGCUGCCCCGUAGAGAGAAUUUGUAAAAACCACAUCCUCAACAACCUGGUGGAGGCCUACCUCAUUCAGCAUCCAGACAAGUGUCGCAGUAAGGAGGACCUGAGCAGCAUGGACAGCAGAAACAAGAUAACUCAGGACAUGUUGCAGCCCAAAGUUGAGCGUUGUUACUCUGAUGAAGAAGGCAGUUCGGACUACCUGCUGGAGCUUUCUGACAACGACAGUGACUCCUCUGACAUAAGUCAGCCUCUUGUGAUGUGCAGACAGUGUCCAGGCUACAUCAGGGAUAUGAGCCAAGUGCUAUUUGCUACUAGUUCAGACUACUGGUUCCCCGGUCUUCCAAAUCUACAAGUCCUUUCACCAUCCAAACCUGCAAGUGAGGAGGCUGCAGCGAAGCCAGCAGGAGAGCAGCCCUCUACGCCCUCUGAUCACCCUUCAGGAGAGGAUGAUGCAGCAGGUCCGCAUGAAUACCGCUGUCCCCCUCAGGGCUACCAUCUCAUCUGCAGCUGCUGCCUCCAGCCAAUGCCAGACAGACGGGCCGAGCCCAACAACCAGCGGGUUCUCGCUCAGCAAUGUACGUUGUGCCAGCGGCCUUUCUGUCACAUGUACUGGGGCUGUCAGAGGAUCGGCUGUCAGGGCUGUUUGGCUCCGUUCCAGGAGCUGAAUCUGACAGACAAGUGCCUGGAUGGUGUGCUGAACAACAACAACUACGAAUCUGAGAUUCUCAAAAACUACCUGUCUUCAAGGGGGAAGUCAUGGAAAGAUCUUCUCCAGGGGUCUUUACACGGCUUACAGCAGGGAAGCUACUUCCUGACAGAUUGUCGCAUCUCUGCAGACACCAUCCUGUGCGUCUGCUGCGGUCUGAGAGCCUUUAAGGAGCUAGCCUACAAAUACAGACAGAAUAUCCCUCCAUCUGAGCUGCCAGCUGACGUAGCGUCCCGACCUGACUGUUACUGGGGACGGAACUGUCGCACGCAGGUCAAGACGCAUCACGCAGUGAAAUUCAACCACAUAUGUGAGCAGACACGAUUCAAGAGUUAAAAGAGAGACGUUUGUUUUUUUUCUCCCUAAAUGUGUCAAAUGUAGAUAAAUCAGCUUCUCGUGCACCUAAGAAGCAGGAUCGUGCUACGUUUUAUCGCCUCGUUUUACCUUAUGCACAAAUAACAAUCAGUGUCAUUUUAAAACAGUGCUCAUGGUCUCCUUUCAUUCAGGUUCCUGUGUGACAACACUAUGCACGUUUAGAAUAGAUUAAAAUCCUUGGAGUGGUUGGGGAAAGGUUUGUGUUAUCUAGAUGAACCAGGUAAACAACCACUUGAAGAUGAGCAGUUGGCUGAAAUGCUUCCCGAUGCUUGUCCUCCAGGGUCUUCUGCGAUAUGCUCCUUCUUUUGUGGUGUGGAUUAAAAUACCUCACAUGGAUUUAGGCUCUUUACACUAGAAGUGCUUGUAUGAUGUGUAGAAAACUCUUAGUGACAGAGACGUGAUCAUUAGUUUAACAGAAAUAGUACUUUCAUCUACUUUUUGAGCUAAGACAUGUUGUGAAGCUGCUGCUGCUAAUACCCAGACUGCUAACUUUAACCAGUCAAAAGUAUCACCUCUGAGGGAUUUUUUCCGUUUAACCAGGGCAUUAUCGUGUUCCCAGGCAAGAGCAGAAAGCCACGUCAAAGCCCCGUCAUGCACGUACCGAGGUAGAUUUGUAAUUCUAUGUGAUAUUUGUUUAGGAUUUCAUGUCUGUGGGAAGGGGAUCAAUGUGUUGUAACGCCGUCAGAAGGCAGAAUGUGCCUCUGUUUGGUGCUUUUGUUCUGGCUAAUCUUCUCCAAGGUGAUUCACCAGAGCAGAAAAUGACACUUUCCUAUUCUAGUAAGGACUGAUCUGUGAUGAAAUGCUCAGCUAUCUCAUGUGGACUUGGCAAAGGGAAGAAAGGUACACUCAAAACGAUUAGAUUGUGUUUGAGUGGCUAAAUUACAGAACGGUUUUGACGUGUGCAGCACCCACUAAUGCAGAUAUAACAGGAGGUUCUGUCGUUCAGGUGAUGUCCCACUACAGCUUACCUCAGUGGAUCAGCACGUUUGUUUUCCUUUAGGUUUUCUAUUUCUCAGGUACACAAAGCUGCUGUUUUAUUUCACCUGCAGGUCAGCCAUGUUUGGUGGUUAAAAGGUGUACGUGGAAAUUAAACAGCAGCGAAUGUUAAAUGCACUGACCUCAAGACGAUCAUCACACGCGUUUGAAAAAUAAUCUAAAUGAGAUUUUUACAGAAAUGGACAAAUCGAUUCUUUGUUUACCUUGAUAGUUAAAACUUCCAGAGAGUAGGUUCUGAGGCCUUACGUGUUGUAGGAUUAGCAACACCCAUUUAUUAUUGUACCCGUUGUUAUUAAAGCUAUUGAGAGUGGGGAAAGGCCUUAGCAGGCAUCUAGUGUGCUUUGUACAAAUUUGAUAGUUUUCAACUCUUAUGUAUUUUUUUUACGUUAACUUGGAUGAAAAUUUGGUUUAUUUUUUAUUACAAUAUUUGCACAAAUCUAUCUCACAAAAUACUUUUCCCCCGUUUACAUGUCCAUCAGUGAGAAUCCAUGGAUGACGUAUGCAAUGUUAAGACAACUGGCUCAAAAUGAGAUAUUCACAAUAAGAGGUUCUGAUAGAUUUAGAAAAUGUGUUUUUGAAGUAUCUUUAACUCAAGUUAGUACAUUUUAAAGGUGAUAAUCAAUAUAAUGUAUAUUCAGCUAGAACUCAGUCUUGUUAGUUGUUUGUUUGUUUUUUUUUGGUUGUUUAUGGGCACUUUUCUGUCUUCUGCUUAAGUUUAUUUGUUGAAGAUUUAAGGUGAUUUAGAUUUUUCCACUUUUUUUAUUCAUGCUGGGUCUGUAAAUGCAUUCCUCAGCAGCUUAGCCCCUCGGCACAAGCGAGAUCGAUCCCCCAACAAGUUUUAAUUAUUUUCUACAAGAGAUUUGGGCACCCUAAGCUAACAACAGACCCGCACCGCUCCAAUCACAGAUUGUUAUUAGAGGCUUUGCUGGAGCACUUUGCUUCCUCCCUGGAGUGAUGGCUUUGUUUGAGUCAGGGCAGGGGUUAUUCACUAAGGCAGGUUUUUGCUCAAUUUUUCUGCCAAGGUCUGGACCAAGAUGCUCGGGAGUAAAGAAUCAGCAGGUUUUAUUCUACCUCAUCACACACCUCCAUGAAAUCCAGGACUGAAUGAGAAUCAGUCACAUUCAGAUGAGUCCCUUGUUUUUAAGGCUGCACUUGCAAACCUUAACAAGGGUGACAUAACUCAUUAAUGCCUGUAAAGUUUAUAUGCACUGCACUAUUUGAAGAAUUAUUGUAGAAAUGAAGCGACUUGUAGUCUAUUAAACAUAAUGAAAUCCUUGUAGGGUAGCAUUAAGCAAAAACUGUUUAUGAACUUCAAGAAAUGUUUAGAGGCUGUAAUAAUACUAACAAUGAAUUUGAAAUGCAUAUAAUUCUGAUUUGCCUGUUCAAUUCACGUUAAUAAAAGGACAAAGUAGCUGAAA